CCGGCGACCAGAGAAAUGGCGAAGCUAAUGGUCUGGCGCGGUGUUGGAGCGAGUAUUUGGCAACGUGCUUUCCACGUCGAACGACAUGCAAGCCUUCGCUGCGCCCACGACGCCUUCGGGACCUGUCGUAUCCGUGUGGACCUUCUCCCCUCUCAAGAAGAAGAUUGCGAGCGCCGUUGCGGCCGUCGCCGUGCUCGGGACGACCGCCGCCGUGAUCGGGUCCCAAUCCGACCACCCCAUCGAAGCGCACACAGCGUCCACUGGCGCUGGUGGGUGCUCCGGUGUCGCGUACGACUCGUACCAGGCCGGCAAUGCCGAACAACACUUUGCUGUGAUCAAAACGAAGUUCUCCAACGUCCGCACGUACCAAACGUUGGUGGAGGGCACUUCCCGUGGAUCGGUGAACCUCAUCGACGUCGGUGCCAAGGCCGGGCUCGGCAUGGCCUGUGGCCUCUGGAACCGCCUGGGCGAAGACUUCUUUCAGCGUGAUUUGAAUGCCCUCGUCGACGGCAUCAAGCGCAACCCCGGUACGUGCCAGCAAGUGUACGUCGGGAACGAAGACGUGUUCUCUGGGUUCCCGAAAAGCGUGCUCUUGAGCCGCAUCGGCGCCACCAAGGCAGCGCUGGCUGCCGCCGGGAUCCGAGUCCCCGUCGGCACCGUCGAAACGGACGCCACCAUGAAAGACCCCGCGCACGGCGAUUUGGCCGCUGCCUGCGACGUGAUCGGGAUUAACGUGUACCCGUACGCUACGGGAGCGCCGAUCAGCCAGCUCACGAUCCGCUUCAAUGAAGUCGCAAACAAAUUCCCUGGUCGAGUUCACCUCACCGAAACGGGGUGGCCGUCGGCGGGCAACGACAAAGCCACGUUUGACAACGCAAGGAAGUACUUCAUGGACUACCAGACGUGGAAGCAGACCGAAGGCGGCGAGUGCCCGUACUACUUUCAGUUCCACGAUGUGACGAUUAAGGGCGGCGAUGAAGCCCACUUUGGACUGUCCGCCGAUGGCUCGACGUGGAAAUUCGAUGUUGUCCCAGUGGUAACGACCCCCAAGCCGACGCCUGCUCCCACCACACUCGCCCCUACCCCGGCCCCGACGCCCGCGCCGACGCCAGCCCCGACCCCGGAGCCCUCGACUGUCAACACAACCGCAGUGCCGAUGACCGAGAGCCUCUCGAAUUCGACGAACACCACCACCCUUGAGCCACUUGUCAACGGCACGAACUCGUCCGCAUUCACGAUUUCGUCCAUUGAUGCUACUGCAACAAAUGACCUGCCGGAAGGUCCGGCAGAUGCAAGUGGAGGAAACGGAGGGGCCGUGUCGGAAGCGAACGCCCCUAGCAACGCCGUGAAGGACACCCUUGUCAACACAUCGUCUGGCGACGAUUCGGGCGAUGCGGGCUCGCUUAUCGGCGGCCUUCUCGGUGGCGCUGUCGGUGUGGCUGCUGUUGUGGCUGUAGUGAUGUUUGCCAUCCGCAACCGCCGCUCCGUCACGGAAGAAAAGCAGCGCGACUUUGAUCAAGGCGACUUCUUCGUCGACAGCAACCGAAGCAGUCAGCUCUCCAACUGGCAGCGCGGCGGUGCUGUCGCCGUGCUUUAAGCCUCCUCGCAGGUGUGCGAAAUGGAAUAUCCCUUGUACCUAGCUUAUAUUGUGCGCUGUUUGAUUGGAUUAAUAUUGAGUGAAAUUACAAGAUUUGAUUAGA